CAAUCAGCAACACCAAAGGGCUAUUAGAUACAAGAGACUAUCAGAAUAUUUCAGCUGAAGUUUUAUAAGGAAAAAAUUAAUUUCAAAUAGUUGUUUCUGUCUUUGUUUCGGAAAGUGAAUACAGUCUUAUACCAUAGGUGAAAGGAGUCAAGAUGUUUAGAAGUAUCAUCAAUCGCCCACAAUUCAUUUCACGUCGUUACUUGUCAUCAACUUUGCUCAGGGCAAAACCAACAUUAGCUGCUGGUGGGUCUAUUGCUUCAAGUUAUCCAGAUGACUUUAGAUUACCAAAACCUAAAACAUGGGAGGAGAGUGGUGAAUCUGCAUUGGACAAAGCUACAAAGUUUUUCUUAUUAGCUGAAAUGUUUCGUGGGAUGUAUAUUGUGCUUGAACAAUAUUUCAGAGCCCCUUACACUAUUUAUUAUCCUUUUGAAAAAGGUCCAAUUUCUCCAAGAUUUAGAGGUGAACAUGCAUUAAGAAGAUAUCCAUCUGGUGAAGAACGUUGUAUUGCUUGUAAACUUUGUGAAGCUAUCUGUCCAGCUCAAGCAAUUACAAUUGAAGCUGAAGAAAGAAUGGAUGGUUCACGUCGUACUUAUAAAUAUGAUAUUGAUAUGACCAAAUGUAUUUAUUGUGGAUUAUGUCAAGAAUCAUGUCCUGUUGAUGCUAUUGUUGAAACCCCAAAUGUUGAAUAUUCCACUGAGACAAGAGAAGAAUUAUUGUACAACAAGGAGAAAUUGCUUUCUAAUGGUGAUAAAUGGGAACAAGAAAUUCAAUACUGUUUGGAUUAUGAUACUCCUUACAGAUGAUCAAACAUCAAAAAGCGUUCCAUUAUUCAUUUACUUAUUUAUUAAACUGGAUUUAACCAAACAUAUUUAUUCACUUAUUUAUUUAACUAUUUAUUACAUUAUUUAUUCAUUUGUGCAGUGUUUUAGAAGUUUGAACAACUCAAUAAACAACAAUUCUUACACCGUACAAAUAAAUGGUACACAAUAUUAUCAAUAACUCA